CUCCACACUAAUCAGCCACAAAUAACCAAGAAGGCCUCCUGUCUGGAUUCUCGCCACACAAUUGAAGCCUAGUGUUGCUGGUAAUCUUCUGGUCUUCGUGAAGUUCUAUUUUUCAAGACAUACUGGACAUUGUGGUCAAGAGAAUAUUCAGACAGUUUUUACUUUUAGGCUCGACAUCAUGGCUACUUGGAUGCUGCUUUCUUUGGCCGUCUGCUUCUCCGUUGUCGCAGGCGAGCUCGUGCAGAAUGGAGACUUCGAGUCUAUGUCCGGGUGGAACUGCUGGAAUUUCCAGUGUCAGCUCAUUGCCUCUGGCGACUCGCGCUUUGGCAGUCACUCGCUGAGCGCCACUGGAAGAACACAAGACUGGAUGGGUCCGUCCCAGAAUGUUCAGAUGAAGCCAGGACAGACCUACCGGGUCUCGAGCUGCAUGAAGAUCCUCAACGAUCUGCCCAACACGGUUGGCCAGUCCCUGCAACUCAUGGUCAGCUUUACCUUUGCCGAUGGCAGCAACACCUACAUGAACGCCGCGCUGCAGCCCAUGCUGAGGGUGGCUGAUGGAUGGGUGUGUCUGCAGGGAGACCUCCAGGCUCCCACCAUAGCCUUCACUUCCGCUACCUUCUACUUCCAAGGACCUGCGCCUGGGGUCGGGUUUGCAGUGGACCAGGCGUCCAUCACAGAGUUAAAUCUGUCUGAUGCCAACUGGCGGCAGCAGACGGACGAAGUCAUCAACCGCGUGAGAAAAAGUGAUAUCAAUCUACGCAUCACGACCGACUCCGGUGUCACACCUUCACAGGUGCAAAUUAAGGUCAAGCAGACCAAGAAGUCCUUCCCCUUUGGCAGCGCCGUCAGCGCGUAUAAGUACGUGGACUCCACGCAGCAGAAGUACCGGGACUGGAUCCACACUCACCUCAACUGGGCCGUGCUGGAGAACGCCCUCAAGUGGACAAUGCUGGAGUGGGACCAGGGUAACUUUAAGUCAGAACCAGCAAUGGGGACCAUCAAGGGCCUGACAAGUCAUGGCAUAAAGGUCAGAGGUCACAAUCUGGUGUGGUCUGCCUCAACAGACUUUAUCCCCCCAUGGGUCCGCGCACUGUCCGGCGACCAGCUUCGAACGACAGUCAAGCAACACAUCGAGAAGGUGUGCAACAUGACACGAGGCUACCUCCAGCACUGGGAUGUCAACAACGAGAACCUCCAUGGCUGGUGGUUCCAGGAUCGACUCCAAGACCGUGACUAUGACCUGGAAAUCUUUCGUAUCGCGCACAAAGCUUGUCCGGAUACUCUUCUCUUCCUCAAUGAGUACAGCGUGGUUGCCGGUGGCGGUGUCACACAGGCCUACCUGGAGCAGGCGAAGAGGUUCAAGGCUGCCAACGUUGGCCUCGGGGGUAUCGGGGUACAGUCCCACUUUGCCUACAACUUUGAGCCCAGCCCUGCCCUGGUGAAGUACCGCCUGGACACGCUCAAGCAGGCAGGCGUGUCCAUCUGGGCCACGGAGAUGACGGUAGAGGUGGACGACGAGAACAAGAGAGCCGACUACUACGAGCGAGCCCUGAGGGCCCUGUACGGCCACGAGGCGGUGGACGGCAUCCUCCUGUGGGGCUUCUGGGACCAGGCGCACUAUGCCGGCGAGAAGGCCGCCCUCGUCCGGGGAGACAACCUGGAGCUGACGGCGGCGGGGAGGCGCGUGCUGCAUCUGCUGGAGGAGGAGUGGAUGACCGAUGAGACCUUCACCCCGACCUCGUCCAACUCCCAGCAUACUGUGCGCGGUUUCCACGGCGACUACGAGGUCACUGUGCUGUACAAGGGCAGCGCCAAGAGUAGUCUCACCCAGAGGUUCACCCUGGGCAAAGCCGCUCACGCCGUCACCAUCCACGUGACCGCCUGAGUACACAACAGGAUCAAGAGGGUCAGAAAAUGUAAAUAAAAUUGCAAUAAAUAAACCAGCUGGGAAAACAGGAA